GAAUGUAGGUUGGUAUGAAGGUAAAUGGUCCUAAAAAUAUAAACAUGCUCUUGCAUUUGUUGAUAUGGUUUGACACAUGUCACGGGCAGAGAUGGUAUACAAAAAGAAAAAAAAAGAGAACCGCAACUUGACUCAAACUCACAAACCCAACUUGAGGUUUCCCUUUUGCAAGUUGUGGUUUUCAAAGUACAAAAACAGACAGCCAGAAAAUUCUGGCUAAGGCUUGCCCCACAAAUUGAUUGCUUCUACCAGCGCUGGCUAUGAAUCCGUAUCGUAUCCUCAUCCACCAACGCCUAACACCCAACACCCAACCCCGUUUAACGUGAGACAUGCUAAUACCUGCCAGCUUCAACAACACAGCUCUCUUCAAGGAAGAUGAAGAAGGACAUCUUAGACAUAUUAGUCCUUUAAUGUUGUGGAGUUUGCUAAAAUUUCUUCGUUUGAUUGGCAUCGUUAGUCAAUUGUGGUAGCAAGAUUGAAUUGUGAGCAUACGUAUGGAUUAUCUGACUGUCAUUUGAACCGCACGUUGCGGCGAGUCUUUUCAUCAUGCCCCACAGCUUCUUGUUUCGGUACUUUAAACUCUUGAUGUCUUAGAGAAACAUGAGAGUGCCUCCUAGUGUGAUGAUGCUGUAAAGUGUGAUCUAUAAGAUUUUAACUUUUCGUUGGAGGGAAUCAAUUUAUUUACAUCUGCGCUGGUUCUGGCUGUGUUUUUUUAGAAUACAGUUGAAACAAAAUUGUACCAAUGCUGAUACAUGAAUACACUUAGAAGAUGGUGAUGAUGAAAGAUAGUAAUUGAAGAAGUGAAUCGUUUUUGAAAAUUUUGAAGAACCCUGCCAGAAAAAUAAAAAUGGGGUUGCCACAGCUGUGUUCAGGCUGCACGGCUGAGGAAGUGGCAGCAUCUCUAGACACAUUUGUGCAAACUAUGCCAAGAGUAACCAGAAACAACUACAGGAUGAACUUUUUGGCUUGUGAAGACCUGGGUAAUGGCAUGCACAUUGAUGUGCUUAAAUCUGAACUUAAAAAUGUUCCAGAGCUUUCAAAAGAAUCACACAUUUCAAGUAUGUGUAAAGAUGCUACGUUAAAGGCUGAUCCCAUAGAACAAUUUGGCAGGUUAUCUGUUAAUGCUAGGGAAACUAUGCAGAAACCUAUACCUAGGACAGUAGGUUUUCAAAUAAGAGCAUCAACACCUCGUGUUAAUGGUUAUGAUGGAAAUGGAUUUUCGUCAACUGCGUUUAAAGUCACCAGUGAGGCAACUGAAGCUUCUGAGUCCCAAGUCAGAAAGCGGUUAUUGUCACCUUUGAACGGGAUUCUGCUUACGGAUCCUUUUAAAGGUGACACACUAGACAUUGGUGGUGGUAUUUAUCAAUUUCGCUCGGUUCGUGAUGAUAAUUCUGUUGUUUCACAUGAGUAUACGAAGGUUGAUAUUGGAAACAACAAUCGUAUCCUCUCCAAGAUCUGGUCUACAUCUUGUUUUCAGAGAUUUACUAAGUCAUCUUGCAAUGACUCUGAUAUGAACCAUAUUGUAUAUAGUAGUCAUCACCAUUCACAUUGUGAACAUGCAGAACCAUGGUCUUAUAAGCAGUUCAAACCAUCUUCAGUACGUAAUGUUUCCGCAGAGACAACUAAACCAACGUCUCAAACAGCUGCAAUGUCUAUACCCCAAAAAAAUUUAUCACCACCUCCCUUUCUUUUGUCUCCUCUGGGUAAAGAAUCUUCUAAAAAUAAAAAUUUGGGGGGAUACAAGAAUAUUGAUAUUAUCUUGGAUGAUGACAAUUUGACUUUUAAAAAUGUUGAACAAAUUGCUAGAACUUGUGAAGGCAGUUUAUCUGCACUGGAGAUACCAAGUAAAUCAAGGCUGAAUUCCAACAAUAUGCGGGAAAAGUCUGACCUGUUCACUGCUGAUAACAUAAUAGAUUUGAAAGAGUGUUGGACUCAUCCUGGUAGCUUUCCUCCUCAGGAUGCCAAAUUAUGUGGAACUGUGAGUAGACUGCCAGUUAGAAGGUCCCUAGUUGGUUCAUUUGAGGAAUCUUUGCUAUCUGGUCGCCUACUAUCUGGGAAAGUUUGUCAGAAAAUUGAAGGCUUUCUUGCCAUGCUUAAUGUAACUGGAGGCAAUUUCUCACCUCAAUCACAAAAAAUACCAUUUGCAGUAACCAGCGUCGAUGGUGACAAGUACUUACUUUAUUAUUCAUCAAUAAAUCUUUUAGGAAAGUUAUUAUCAAGCAAGGCUAGAGUUGCCAAAUUUCAGAGAACCCUUAGCAUGGGUGAAUCACGAUCUGAAAAGCCCCGCUUACGUAUACCUAUGAAAGGACGUAUUCAACUGGUUCUUAGCAAUCCAGAGAGAACACCUAUCCAUACCUUCUUCUGCAAUUAUGAUUUGAGUGACAUGCCAGCUGGUACCAAGACAUUCUUGCGGCAAAAGGUGACUUUAACUGCGUCUGGAUCGAAGUCCAUGAUGGGAAAGGAAAGCCAAAAAGAUUAUGAUAUUAGAGAUGAUGACAAGCCUCCGAUGAUCAUGACCAUCAGUCACGGAGAUAAAGAUCUUCUCACCUCAAAAUGCGGAGAGUUUGAUAGUUUUACAUGUUCAAAGGCUGGCAUUUUGCUUUAUGCUCUUCACCUUCGCUUUAUGUGCCCUUUUCCUAAAAGACGUUCAAGGUCUGUUCAUAAGUGCAAAUCUGACACUCUCUCUGCAGAAGUCAGGAAUAUUGUUGACAUUGAACCUGAAAGAAGUUUCUACUUGUAUGAUGAUAUGAGGGUAGUGUUUCCUCAUCGUCAUUCAGAUUCUGAUGAGGGCAAGUUGCACGUGGAAUAUCAUUUCCCUUCUAAUCCAAAAUACUUCGACAUCAGCUGCUGAAAUGCCUCUGUCCCCCUCAAUGGUUUUUGUAUAUAUACAGUUGUUAAUGUUGUACACAUACAAUUCAUUUUUUCUAUUUUGGAUGCCAUUUGCAUCCAUGUAACUAAUAAUAUGUAAAAUUUGUAUUGUAGCUUUUCAUAUUUGAUACAUAGUACUAUUUUCUUUGACCCUUAA